AUGGCCUUCCGCGGCACUUCGAAAUACUUUGGCGGCAAGAUCGACAAGCUGUACUUCCGGCACGGCGCACUCACCCAACCGUUUGAGGAAUACUGGCUACACCUCUCCGUCAAAGAUAUCGCCACAGCAGCACCCAUGCACCUCUAUGGCCUCAAGGUCGCGGGGCUAUCCGUCGAGAUCCUGGACGUCGAUGGGCGCAACUUCCCGACCGCACCACGGGCGUACCAUUCCUACGACCCGCUGGGCUGUCUCCCGAACCUCAAGAUAAUUCGCCGCAUAGGAUGGAACUCGCGGAGCGCAAAGCUCAUACACAAUCACCCCCUCGACGUGGUCAUCGACUACAUCGAUCUCGAUAGAUGCCGUGCCAUGGUCGGUGCUACGCUGCAUCUCAUCCCCCAAGCCGAGGGUCAUGUCGUCCAUAUCAAAUGGACUUGGGACAACAUUCCUGGACCCAGCAUCCGCGUGUUCAUGGUUCCGGCAGCCGGCGCCAUCAGGCUUCGCGAGGUCGUCGUCGUGCUCUGGCCGCCAUCAACGCCGCCGACGGCCGACUUUGAAGACGAUGACGAGCCGCUGUUCUGGUACAUUGUGCGCGAGCUGUCACCCUUCAUGGGUGCAGGCGGGACGGUCAAAGUUGUGGGUCUUGAGAACGUUCCUCGCCAAGGCCUUUCCCUCGCGCCGCACUUCACGACAACGUACGAGAACAACGCUCAAGCCUGGUACCAGGGAGUGUUCGCUUACCUCGUCGACGAGGAGUGGUUCCAUUUAGGUGACGAGAACCUCAGCUGCCAUACUUUGGAGGAGUGGUGGGCUGAGAUUGGAGACGACAAAAACAUUAUGGGCAGCUGGGUCGAGAAAUCGAGCAUCAAGGUCGAGGGAGAACCCCAUGGGCCGUAAAUUUCCAUCAGCAGCACGGCAACUGCUCCAAUGAACGAC